CUCUAUUUCUUCUUUCCUUACCUGUCAGAAAGUGCCAGUUCAUGUUCCCUCCUCUCCACUAGAAGGAGGCACCCAGUGGUGGCUUAGGGUAUCAGUGGUACCUCCCACUCUAUAAAUAGAGGCCUGAAGAGCACUUCCUCCUCUUUGUCUCCAAGCACUCACAUCUAGACUGAGGGCGUAUUCACACCUGUCUGUUUGUUCCGGAACAGGGAGCGUUUCCUCAAAAGAUCGGUUCGUUUGGACAUAUGUGAACGCAGCAAUCGCACUCGGUAGCGGAACAAAACAAGCGGUCCGAGAUCGCCUAGAAGAGGUGGUCUCGGACCGCUUCCAUUCGACACCUGUAGCGGUUCGUUUGCAGUGAGAACACAACCGACACAGCAACCGACACAGCAACCGACACAACUGACUCAUAACUGCGGUUCAUCCUCCAACAGAGGGGCGCAGUGACGCACCCGGCUGCCAACCGUCAACCAAAACAAACAGAAGAAGAAGAAGAAGAAGAAGAAGAAGAAGACGAAGAAGAAGAAGAAGAAGUUGUUGUUGUUGGGUUUACCUCGAGUUUGGCCAAAAUGAGUCGUGGGUUGACCUGGAGUAGUGAGGAAGUCAGAUGCCUCAUCGAAAUCUGGGCAGAUUUGCCACAUGCUGGACACUACUCACAAAAACACAGAAGUCUACAAACUUGUGAGUCAGCGAAUGAGUGAGAGGGGUUUCCAACGCUCAGUAGAGCAGUGCCGCGCUAAAGCUAAAAAACUGCGACAACAGUAUAUCAAGGUGCGAGACCAGCUUGCCAGAAGUGGAAGCUCCGGGGAUGAGAAGGACAAAUUCCCCUGGUUUGACGAGCUGGAUAAUAUUUUAGGGACUAAACCGGUUGUUGAACCGGUGGAUGUCAUCGACACCAGUGAUGCUACAUCACCUAGCACCGGCUCUUUUGAUGCUGCUACACCCAACACUGGCACUUCUGCUAAUACUGAAUCCAGCUGUGCUGAAUCGGCAGAUGGAAGUGUGGUGGAUGCUGAAUCACUAGACAACACACUGGACUCCACUGACACGGAGGAAACAGCCGUAGGAAGCAGAAGCCAUACUCCAAACCCCAAACUGCAUGUUCCUGGGUGUUAG